ACUGCGGUAUGACAAGAUGGCUGCGCCCAUUAAAUUUGUUCGCUCCGCAUAUAGCCUCAGUUUUCUCCGUAAGCAAUUUAUUUCAGAUUUAAAAAUUUAUAGAAACUAUACAAGAUCAUAUAGAGAUCAACAAAAAUCGACCUUCUCUUUUUGGACAAAUUCAAAAACUCGUUACAACCUUCAAACUUCAGGGGUCAUCGUUAGUGGUGUCUGCUCUGGUUUAGCAAUAGGCUAUGGCAUAUUUUCAAUAGGAAAUUAUAGAAAAAGCUUGCAAGCUAAUGCAACUGAAGACAAAAUUGAGCAUCUAGAUCAUCCAAUAACCUAUUCUGUAAAAAGCGAUACAGACAAUACAGGAUUAAAAUUGACAUUAUAUCAAUAUGCAACUUGUCCUUUCUGUUGUAAAGUAAGGGCAUAUUUAGACUUCCAUGGGUUUUCAUACGAUGUAGUAGAGGUGAACUCUGUAACAAGAAAAGAGUUAAAAUGGGCAAAAAAAUAUAGGAAAGUACCAAUGUUGAUUGUUGAACAGCCUUCAACGAAUGGAUAUGUGCAAUUAAAAGAUUCCUCUGUAAUUAUGAGUACCUUGGAAACUUUUUUACUAGACAGAAGGCAAAAAAUGGAAAAUCUUGUAAAUUAUUAUCCCUGUAUUGAAAAUAAGGAAGGGCGAAAACUCAAAUUUGAUUUUCCAAAUAAAUAUUUUGUUAUGUACGGAGACGAUUAUAAAGCGCCCGGUACGGAAGAAACUCGUAAAGUAGAAAGACAUUGGCGUAAAUGGGCUGAUGAGACACUUGUCCAUACACUUUCUCCUAAUGUUUAUCGGACCCCCUCGGAAGCUUUACAGGCUUUCACUUGGUUUUCAGAAACCGGAAAUUGGAAGCAAGUAUUCUCAAAUGUCGAGAGAAUAUUUGUAAUAUAUGUAGGAGCUGUUGCAAUGUAUUUUGUUGGCAAAAUGCUAAAAAAACGCCACGAAUUACCUGAUGAUGUACGGCAAGCGCUAUAUUCUGCAGUUGCUGAUUGGACGAAAGAAAUUGGCAAAAAGCCUUUUCAUGGAGGUAAUCGACCGGACUUAGCAGAUUUGUCAACGUUCGGUUACCUGAGUGCUAUUGAAGGCUGCUGGGCUUUUGGGGAUCUUCUAAAAGAAACGCAAGUGAAAAACUGGUACAAUAGAAUGAAGGCAAGCGUACAUAAGCACGAAGUGACGUGUUAUACUGAUGAAAACUUGACUAUUAAAAGUUCCAAGGACGAUCAACAAAAGCCCACAAAGGAAGAUAAACCAGAAUUGUGCCCUGAAUCGUGCUCGAUAGCUUUGAACGGAAUGCUUAGCCGUUUAAAGCAAGCUGAAGAUGAAAUAAACAUUUUGAAAGAUCAAUACUCGCCGUCUGGAAAUAUACCGGACGCUGAAUAUGCAACAACAGAGAGUAUUGAUAAAAAAUGGAAAGAAUUUGCUAACCAAUUAGCACUAUAUCAAGUUCAUAACGAAGAAGAGAGAACCAAGUUACUUAUGAAUACUAAGUUAAAAAUUAAAGAGUAUUAUAAGGAAUUUGCUAAUUCAAUGAUUUCGACUUGGAAAUUAGCAAAAGAAAAGAGAUCAAUCCUUCGUAGAAACUUAAAAAAAUUUAUGUAUCUUAUGAAACAUGAGAUAAAUAUUCGAUUAGAUAAUUUCCAAUUCAUUUUGUCUACAUCUUUGCCUCGGGACUGUUCCGAAGUUCAAAGAAAUAGUAAUGGGAAACCGGUUGCUAUUUGCCCUUCUGGCUCCACAGAACCUUUCAUCACCAAAUGCGUAAAAGACGGAGAGGGAAAUUUAUGGACUGUAAUUCAAAAGCGUACAGACUCCAAGGUGAACUUUAAUCGAACAUGGAUUGAAUACAAAUACGGCUUCCGGUCAACAGUCGAUUUAUGGAUGGGUUUAAUGGGAGUUCAACGUUUAACUGAAAAUCAACGCCAUAUAUUAAGUAUCCAUAUGAAAACCGAUGGAGGACGAAUUCUAUGGGCAGAAUAUGACAAUUUUACCCUGACUGGUUCGGAAUAUAGACUAGGAUUGGGAAAUUAUAAAGGAAACGCAACAAAUGCUCUUAGUUUCAACGAGGGAUCGAAAUUUGGCACAUUUGAUAGAAUAUUGACAAGGGUUAAUUAUCCAUUAAUUUACUACAGAGGUUGGUGGCUGAGAAGCAGCUACCCAGGAACAUAUUCUGAUCUUAAUGGACAAAUGAUUUGGUUCGACAUAAACUUGAAUGAGCAUUUAAAAAUAGUAGAAAGUCAAAUGGCAAUUAGACCAUGGAAUAAUGAUUUAGAUGGAAAGGGUGCAACUGGGGAGAGUGGUGAUAGCUCCGGGGCUUCUGGUGGCAGCAGUGGAGCAUCUGGUGACAGCAGUGGAGCAUCUGGUGACUUAGAUUAA